GUUGUGAAGGAAUCAUGACGACCUCAGGAAAAGAGAAUUUCCGACUGAAGAGCUACAAGAACAAAUCUCUAAACCCUGAUGAGAUGCGUCGCAGGCGGGAGGAAGAAGGUCUGCAGUUACGGAAGCAAAAGAGAGAGGAGCAGUUGUUCAAACGCCGAAAUGUUGCAACGGCUGAGGAAGAAGCGGAGGAGGAAGUGAUGUCAGAUGGGGGCUUCCAUGAGGCUCAGAUGAACAACAUGGAGAUGACUUCUAGUGCAGUCAUCACCUCUGAUAUGAUUGAGAUGAUUUUCUCCAAUAGUCCAGAACAGCAGCUCUCAGCCACCCAGAAGUUCAGAAAGCUGCUUUCUAAAGAACCAAAUCCUCCGAUAGAUGAAGUCAUAAGCACACAAGGAGUGGUGGCCAGGUUUGUGGAGUUUCUGAAGAGAAAAGAAAACUGUACAUUACAGUUUGAAGCUGCGUGGGUGCUGACAAAYAUUGCCUCGGGAAACUCCCUUCAGACUCGAAUAGUGAUCCAGGCAGGAGCUGUGCCCAUCUUCAUAGAGCUGCUUAGUUCAGAGUUUGAAGAUGUACAGGAACAGGCAGUAUGGGCUCUUGGCAACAUUGCUGGAGACAGCACUAUGUGCAGAGACUAUGUUUUGGACUGYAAUAUCUUGCCCCCUUUAUUGCAAUUACUUUCAAAACAGAAUCGUCUCACCAUGACUCGAAAUGCUGUAUGGGCUCUGUCUAACCUCUGCAGAGGGAAAAAUCCUCCUCCUGAUUUUGCCAAGGUUUCACCUUGUCUUAGUGUGCUUUCCUGGCUGCUCUUUGUCAAUGAUACAGAUGUAUUAGCUGAUGCCUGCUGGGCUUUGUCCUAUYUGUCUGAUGGCCCCAAUGAUAAAAUCCAGGCUGUGAUUGAUGCAGGAGUCUGCAGAAGACUUGUGGAACUGCUGAUGCACAAUGACUACAAAGUUGUAUCUCCUGCCUUACGAGCUGUUGGGAACAUUGUUACAGGAGAUGAUAUCCAGACMCAGGUAAUUCUGAAUUGUUCAGCCCUGCAGAGUUUGCUACACUUGCUAAGCAGCCCAAAAGAAUCUAUCAAAAAAGAAGCAUGCUGGACAAUAUCUAAUAUAACAGCUGGAAACAAAGCCCAGAUCCAGACAGUCAUAGAUGCCCAUAUCUUCCCAGCUCUUAUAAAUAUUUUGCAAACAGCUGAGUUUCGGACAAGGAAGGAAGCUGCUUGGGCAAUCACMAAUGCAACAUCGGGAGGCUCUGCUGAACAGAUCAAGUAUUUAGUAGAAUUGGGAUGCAUCAAACCACUCUGCGACCUCCUUACAGUAAUGGACUCAAAGAUUGUKCAAGUAGCACUGAAUGGGCUGGAGAACAUCCUGAGGCUUGGGGAGCAGGAAUCCAAACGCAGCGGCACCGGCAUCAACCCUUACUGUGCUCUGAUUGAAGAAGCAUAUGGCCUGGACAAGAUUGAAUUCCUGCAGAGCCAYGAGAAUCAAGAGAUUUAUCAGAAGGCCUUUGAUCUGAUUGAGCACUACUUUGGAACAGAGGAYGAAGACAGCAGCAUUGCCCCACAAGUGGAUCUCAACCAGCAACAGUACAUCUUCCAGCAGUGUGAGGCUCCCAUGGAAGGCUUCCAGCUUUGAGGUGCCCCUGUGCUGUGUGCUCCUCUACCUAGCCAAUCCUGUUGUCAAGCCACAAGCCACCCGUGGAGUGAUUCUCUCAAUGUUUUCCAUAACCCUGUUUGCGCUCAUUCGCUUGCCUUGUGCACAUGCUCUUACAUACGUCUGGAAAACUUUUGGCUCUCUGUGGCAGGAUGCCCCCUCCUUGGCAAGGGGUUGCCAGAAUCACCCUUCUCCUCUAGAUUCUGAAUCUCUCCACUGUCAUCUUUGUGGAGUUGAGGCACCUUUCUACACUUUGAGAUAUUCCCUGUUCCUAUUACAGGAAAGUAAUCCCUCCUCCACUUGGCCCCCCACUCCUGGCAUCCAAGAAAAGGCUGCCUUUGUCUURUAUUUGCUGCAGAGUGUGCCUGCAGUCCAGGGAGACAUUCAGCCUGUCUGAGAACGUAGCUGAAUCCAUCCCCCAUGUUCUCCCCUGGAUGCCUCUUCGGAUGGCUGCGAGAGAUGAGUUAAACCUUCACAUGCAAUGUAUGGACCUUGCUGGGUGUGCCAGCCGGGGUUAUUGGCAUGGAAACGUUACAAACAAUGGAGUAAGUUCUCUACCCCUGCAACAACAGGCUGCAAUGGACAUGUUUUGUGGUUUUUAGGAAUACUGAACACAUCUGGCCCCAUCCCGUCUCAACACUGACCUCCCAAGUUGGAUUGCAGACCACUGUGGAGAUUUGUAUUCCUUCCCAGUUUUUCCUCUCCAUCCACAAAAAAAAACUGUGAAUAGGUCACUCUUAACACCUCCCCAGAAAUGACUUCCCGAAACAGCUUCUAGAAUGGAGAAACUGCCCUCACUUCUGCUUGCCAGCACAGUAUGAUCCAGCUGGGCCUUCCUUAAAAAUCAAGCCCUUUAUGGCUCCAUGCUCCAGAGUCUGGUCCUUGAUAUUCUAGUUAUGGCUGAAAAGUUCCUGUCUGCCUCUUUACAUUUUUACACAGCGUGACUUGAACAGAUUUGUCUUCUGAAAAGUUAACUUCUGACUACAGAAAUCUUAAUUUGUAAAACUUAGCACAAGGAGCAUUAGGUCUCCUUUUCAUUUUCACGAGACAAGAGCUUCCUCUCCAGCUCACCUGCCGGGGUCCUGCUCAAGGCCCCGAUUUAACAACUAAAAGACACUACAUUCACAGGAUAGUACUAUACAUCUGGAUCCACCUGGCCCUCUCAUUUCACUUUUCCCUUUUGCUGUUGAUGAGACUUGAGGUGAAUUAGCAUGGAAGGCAUGGUUCCUCCAGGUGACAUCUGUAAGGCAUCGCUGACUGCAUGGCAGCUGCCRGACGCAGCUGGACACUGCCCUUCUGCUAGCAGCAUGUUCUUGGCUCUGCAACCUGCUUGGAUCACAGACCUCUGAUGCAAAGGCCAGCCACUCCUCACUGAGUUCAGCUGACAUUGACACCAAACUCUUCACMCAACUGGGGAGAUGCCACGUCCUUSCAAGUGGCGGUUCCAUUUUUGASAAUGCGAUGAUUCCCUAGGCCGUCCGCUCCCUUCUGCAUCGGGCUAUGUUCUUUCAAGCCAUUUUGGAUGCUUGGAACACAUAUUUGUCCAGUGUAAACAUUUCAAAAUCGCCACUGGCAACUGCAGCAUCAUGUACCUGUGGUAAAUAUUUCUGGCAGAACUCUUCAAGAUCCUCAUAACUCCUCUCAGUGAUAAGCCACUGCAAAAGCAAAACCAGCCCAUUGGAUACAGAGUUAUAAAAAUACAUAAGUCACUUGUCAUACUGCUGAAAGAAGCUAGGCAAAGGCCUGAACAUCAGCUCUGUGUGACCAUUAUUUAAAUAAAGUCUUCUGUCUCUGCUUCAGGAUGGAGACUCUCACCUGUGUGGCCACUGCAGAAGCCACCUGCUGCCUCCCUAGCUAAGCCAGUUGGCCUCCACUUUCCCUCUCCCAGUUAUUUUCUCUAGUGCUGCUUUGUGCUGAAGGAACAUUUAGUUUACUGCACUUGAUCUGUAAAUGGACUUAAAUUCUUUGUAAUUUUAGGGGGUUAAAUUUGGUGGUUAAUUUAAAAAAGCAAAAAAAACCCCUCAAUGUUGCCUUUACAUCACAUAUAAAUAACUGUGUUUCUCUUUUCUUGAAGGGUGAUAGAAGCACUGAUUAGUAGCAAAAUCUUGUUUUAGCUUUUGGAUUUUUUUGUGCUGAAUUUUUUUACGUGUAAAUUUCCAAUAACAUGUCAUUUCUAUAAGAUUUGUUUAAAACCAUGUACCUCUUAUUGGAUGGUAUAAAAAUGCUACAUAUUUUGUAAACAAAUCUGAGCAAAGUGUGUGUGCAUAUAUUCUGUAUAUUCAUAUAUGUAUAUUCUGUGUAUAUAUACACUAGCGUGUAUAUAUACAUAUAUACACACACACAUAUAUAUACACACAUGCAUAAAGUGUGUGUAUAUAUAUACAUACUAUAUAUCUAUAUAUAUAAGUGUUUUCUCUUCCAGGCUAGUGAAAACAAUGUGGUGCAUUGGCGUUUCCCUCUCCUGCCCCCCAAGAAAGUAAUGACAAUUGCCUCUAAAUGAGUGAAUUAAAAAAGAGUCCAUUUAAGCUGACUGGUGUGCCUUCCUGUGUAAGGAGCCUGGCCAGUAUUUGUUACUUUUGCCGUGGAUAUGUGAAUUCAGAGCAGUUAAGUAAAUCUUUAAACUUGGUAUGUUUGUUUGAAGUGACAGGCCUGGUUGAUGCAGGUAAUAUUGUUGUCAUAAAUACUUAGACUGURUAAGGCAUUUGACUGGUACUGCAUAAUAUUUUGAGUGAAAACCACACCAAUACAAGCAUCAACAUGGCACACAUUAAAUAGAUUAAAAUGUGGCUAACUCAUAGGUCUCAAUGUAAUUUUAAAUGGUGCUUAAUUGAGUGUAUUUCCAUCAGGAUCUUCCAGCAACCAGUUCUUGGAGUUGCUUUACUUAGCCUUAGUAAUAGGUUGAAAAGAAACAAAAUCUACUUCUAACAAAGGCUGCAAUUAAAUGGGUACAAAAGGGAGAUCAGAUUUGUGAKUUAUGAAAGGAAAAGCUCACUGAUACAGACUGAUGAGAAUUACUUGGUAAGCCAAGGGCAAGKAAACUAUUUGCAUUUUAAAAGAGCCAAACAUGUAGUGUAACAUUACCCAUCUACUAAAUAACAGGCCACAGACUGUUUUGGAGGAAAAGUGCCACUGAAAGCAUGAGGAUCAUUAUACUUCAUUGCUUGAACACCACUUCCUAACCCAAUUCUGUGUAGCUGUGUUCCCUGCUGGAAACAUUGAAACCAGUGUUCUCUGCUCUUUGCAAGGAUGUGCUCAGAGAGGGACCCUCUCAGAGAACGCCUCUAGCUGCCCCUUCUGUGAAGGAUCUGUUGUUCAUUUGUGUCUAAAUAGGAGGCAGCAUGCUCUCCUGAGGGUAGAUGAGGGUGCUCUUGCAUUCUUGGGUUCUUCUCUUGGCUCUGUCAGGCACCAUGUAAUGGUAGGAAAGUGAUCCCUUAUUUUCUUCAAAAUUUGAAUUACAUGCAUUUGUUUCUGUCUGCUUGUGGAGAUCCCUUCUAAGCACUUUCCAAAAGCUCCAAAGGCUGGUAAAGAGAAUUUAUUGAACUCUUUAUAGGUAAUAAGGUGGAAGCAUUGCACUGAGGUUUUAACAAUGUCUGUUUUAAACUGGGUCUUAGAGAAAGGAAGAUGYAGGAGUGCCUGGAAUUGCUGUCUAGCAGUCCAGCACACAGAUCUUUAUUGCCAUUUAAGUUGUAGUUUUGUUGGGGGAGCAAACAGGAACCAUCAUUCUUUCUAUUGGUGAAAAUCCCAGUGGAACAUUGUAGGCCAGGUCUGUAUCUUGGAUUCAGGAGGAUACAAAGGAUGUUGGAACAGGUUAUUGAAAGCUCAGGAACUACACCAUCACUUGAGGCUUCUGGGAAGAUACCACACAAUCAUUUGAGGCAACUGCUACCUAGAGACUUCAGCCUAUCCUUAAACUCCUGUGUUUGUUCCUUGAUGCCAACCAAAUACAGGUGACACCCUUUGCCUGACGUUAAGGGAGGAACACAAUGACCCUGGACCUACGUAUUCUUGGGCCUGCAUAUGUUUAUUCUUUUGGUACUGUCAGCACCAAGACUUUUGAAGAAAUAGAUUCCACCACGUGGUUCUACAUGUGAGAGUGCUCCUGGCAAUACACUUCUCUGCUUCUGUGGGGACUUCCAGAACAGCUGUCUUAACCUCUCUGCAGUUUGAUGUCURUGCCAGCUAAAAGUAAAUCCCCAUCUCUUCCAGUAUGAUUUUGUUUCUGGAUAUUGGCUCAACACGCCAUUGGUACUCUCCCAUGCCAGUUUUAGUCACAAAGGUCUUUCUUUAGUUCCUGAGUCUUAGAAAAGUAAGCAAGACCUCUUAGUGUACUGCAAUGACUGUGCCCAUAGGGCUUCUGUGUGUUCUGGGGCAGUGCUGAAGUUGUCAGCUGAUGGUCCCAU